AUGGCGACAAUAAAAGAAAGAGCCGCGGCGUUGAAUCUCGCCGAAAAGCUGUGUGUGCGUCCUCGAGCCCACGGAGCCUCCGCCAGACCCGUCCGGUCCUCCUCCAUGUGGAGCGGCCUUAUCUCCCACCUGAGGUCCUCCGUGACGGUAAAGCGUCGUCGAGUCCACCUGAAGUCCCACAGCGACUGUUUCCUCGGUUCGGAGGCCGUCGACGUGCUGGCGGAGCACAUCAGCUGUAUCAAAGCCUUUGAGAGUGCCAACGUGUCUCGGGACAAAGUGGUGUGCGUGUGCCAGGCCCUGUUGGACUGCACUGUGUUUGAGGCGGUGGGCACCAGAGUGUUUGGCAAAGUCAAGAAGCAGGAUGUGUUUCAGGACAGCAAAAGUGCUCUUUACAGGUUUGUAGGCGUGUGUUCUCCUUCGGUCGAUGAGUUGGAAAGGGGUGCGCUCGGGAAGGGGAUCCAGAGACUGUUCUGCAGUGCCCCUACAGACAGGCAAGAAGAGCAGACGUGUCCCACGGGCUCACACCUUCAGACGUUCACCGCCCUCAAACUUUCGGAGAUAUCCACAAAAGCCAAUCAGCUGGCCACUGCCGGUCCGUCGUUGGAGCCUCUGGCGGACCGCCUGAGUCCCAGCAGAGUGCCGACGGACGCUGUUUUACCACAAUCAUUGGUAGACGAGGUGUGGCAGGAGCAGACUCUGCUACGGCUGUUAAACCUGGUGGAGCUUCCCCUGCUGGAAGGGGUGCUUCAGUGCAGCCAGACUCCAUCACCUCCGCCUCUGUCAAACCUUCUGGCUCACAGUAACCCGGACCUGAUUUACAGCAGCAACCACCUGGACCGGCAGAUCCUCAAGGCCUUCAGGGACUCUCAGGAGGACGAGUGGCUCGGUGCAGCUCUGGACUGUCUGGACUUCCUCCCUGAUCAGCCAGUGGUGGAGCUGAGCAGGGAGCUGCCUCACUGUUUCCCACAAGACCAGGACAGCUGUGAACAUGCGUCAGCCGGUACCGGUUCACAAGACGGAGUGCAGCCUCUUGAGUCCGCGUCCGCCGCAGACCACCAGGGCGUCGAGCGGCCUCGUCUCUUCCCGAACGGGCUGGCCCAGUGCAAGCUGCUGCUGUACGGGACCCUGGUGAAACACUACAGCCACACAGACAGACCCCCACUGCUGCCAGAGCACAUGGCCGACGUCUACACGACCAUCACCGACCUGCUGGGGAACGGCAAACUGGCCACGGCUCUGGAAGCGCUGCAGUUGUGCCUGAAGCUGCUGCCUCCUGGCCGCAGAGAUGAGCUGCGCACGCUGCUCACCUUCAUGGGCCUGGCUGCCGAGCCUCAAGGAAUGAAACUGGACAAGGAGAUGGAGAACAGGCAGGCGGUGAAGAGGUCUUUCUCUCGGGCGGUCCUCCACACCAGGGUUCUUUCCAAGGAGAAGGAGGACCUGAUGGUGGUCUUCAUGCUCAGCAACGUAAAGGACAUUUUUAUGAUCCCGGAGACCCUGCACAAAGGAGUGAGCGACAAGCUGGCCAACCUGGCGCAGGGGAUGCAGCCCGAUGUGAUGGGCUUUACGUUUUGUCAGCCGUCCUGCGGGACUUGCGCUGAGUCUACAAAGAAGACCACCAACCAGGAGCUGUGUGUUCUGCUGGGCAGCAUCCACCACGACACCAAGAUGUCUGCCAAGGAGAGAAAGCGCCUCCUCCUACAGUUUAAUAAAUCCCACCCGGAGAUAUUCAACCAGUACUUUGGUGAAUCUGCCCUUAGUGUGCUUUAG